GCAAUUCCUCUACCCACCGCCGUUCUCCCCGCAUUCUCUUUCUUUUUCUGAGUUUCUUCUUCUGCUUCGUUCUUCGGCUCUAUUAUUAUGAUCUUACAGUAAUCGCGCCGCCUGUCUGACUAUCUCGCUAGCUAGGGUUUUCCCGGUGCUCGGACGAGCUCCGGCCGCGUAGAAAUGGCGGCUAACAAAGGCAUCAGUCUCGAAGAGAUUAAGAACGAGGCCGUUGAUCUGGAAAGGAUUCCUAUCGAGGAAGUGUUUGAGCAGCUGAAAUGUUCACGGGAAGGUCUCACCGGCGACGAAGGGGCCAACCGGCUUCAAGUUUUCGGACCCAACAAGUUGGAGGAGAAAAAGGAGAGCAAAUUUCUCAAGUUUCUGGGUUUUAUGUGGAACCCGCUGUCAUGGGUCAUGGAAGCUGCAGCUAUUAUGGCCUUAGCCUUGGCCAAUGGUGGAGGAAGGCCACCAGACUGGCAGGACUUCGUCGGUAUUGUUACCCUGCUGUUCAUCAACUCCACCAUCAGUUUCGUCGAGGAAAAUAAUGCUGGAAAUGCAGCUGCUGCACUUAUGGCUGGCCUUGCCCCCAAGACCAAGGUUCUUCGAGAUGGGCGCUGGACGGAGCAAGAAGCUGCAAUCUUGGUUCCCGGAGACAUUAUCAGCAUCAAGUUGGGAGAUAUUGUCCCUGCUGAUGCACGUCUUCUGGAGGGUGAUCCUCUGAAGAUCGAUCAAUCUGCACUUACUGGGGAGUCACUUCCCGUCACUAAGAACCCUUACGAUGAAGUCUUCUCUGGGUCGACCUGCAAGCAAGGUGAAAUCGAAGCUGUUGUCAUUGCCACCGGUGUGCACACCUUCUUUGGUAAAGCUGCUCAUCUCGUGGACAGCACCAAUCAAGUUGGUCAUUUUCAGGCCGUCCUUACUGCUAUUGGUAACUUCUGUAUUUGCUCGAUUGCUGCCGGGAUACUUGUUGAGAUUGUAGUGAUGUACCCUAUACAGCACCGCAAGUACAGAGAUGGGAUCGACAACUUGCUCGUUCUCUUGAUUGGAGGAAUACCUAUUGCUAUGCCUACCGUUUUGUCUGUCACCAUGGCCAUUGGUUCUCACAGGUUGUCCCAGCAGGGGGCUAUUACCAAGAGAAUGACUGCUAUUGAGGAAAUGGCCGGCAUGGAUGUUCUGUGUAGUGACAAGACAGGGACUCUUACGUUGAACAAGCUCACUGUUGAUAAGAACUUGAUUGAGGUGUUUGUUAAGGGUAUGGACAAAGAGCAUGUUAUGCUACUUGCUGCCAGAGCUUCGAGGACAGAAAAUCAGGAUGCUAUUGAUGCCGCUAUAGUAGGAAUGCUUGCAGACCCUAAGGAGGCACGAUUUGGCAUUAGGGAGGUUCAUUUUCUUCCAUUCAAUCCUGUCGACAAGAGGACUGCCUUGACCUAUAUUGAUUCGGACAAUAACUGGCACCGGGCAAGUAAAGGUGCUCCUGAACAGAUAUUGAACUUGUGCAAUUGCAAGGAGGAUGUUAGAAGGAAGGUUCAUGCAGUGAUUGAUAAGUUUGCUGAACGUGGGCUUCGAUCUUUAGGAGUUGCACGGCAGGAAGUACCAGAGAAGAACAAAGACAGUGCAGGCGGUCCAUGGCAGCUUGUUGGUUUGUUGCCUCUAUUUGAUCCACCAAGGCAUGACAGUGCUGAAACCAUCAGAAGAGCUCUUCACCUUGGAGUCAAUGUCAAGAUGAUUACUGGUGAUCAGCUUGCAAUUGCUAAGGAAACAGGAAGGCGGCUUGGGAUGGGAACCAACAUGUAUCCUUCAUCUUCAUUGCUUGGUCAAAGCAAGGAUGCUUCCAUUGCAUCCCUCCCUGUGGAUGAGUUGAUUGAAAAAGCUGAUGGAUUUGCCGGAGUUUUCCCAGAGCACAAGUAUGAGAUUGUGAAGAGGCUACAAGAGAAGAAACACAUUUGUGGAAUGACGGGAGAUGGUGUGAACGAUGCUCCUGCACUGAAGAAGGCUGAUAUUGGGAUUGCUGUUGCUGAUGCAACUGAUGCAGCUAGAGGUGCUUCUGACAUCGUCCUCACUGAGCCGGGGCUCAGUGUGAUCAUAAGUGCUGUUCUCACCAGCAGGGCUAUUUUCCAGAGAAUGAAAAAUUACACGAUAUAUGCCGUCUCCAUCACCAUCCGUAUUGUUCUUGGGUUCAUGUUGAUUGCGUUGAUAUGGAAGUUUGAUUUUUCCCCAUUCAUGGUUUUGAUCAUUGCCGUACUCAAUGACGGAACGAUCAUGACGAUAUCAAAGGAUCGAGUGAAGCCAUCUCCGCAGCCAGACAGCUGGAAGCUGAAAGAGAUCUUCAGUACUGGAGUUGUACUGGGGACUUACAUGGCAAUAAUGACAGUUCUUUUCUUCUGGGCCAUGCGAGAGACCAACUUCUUCUCGGUAAAAGAACAAAUCCGCUAUUAUUACCUCGAUGGAGAUGACAAGUUCCAUGUAAGGCCGUUGCAUGAUAGACCAGAACAGAUGAUGUCAGCGCUGUACUUGCAAGUGAGCAUAGUGAGCCAAGCACUGAUAUUCGUGACGAGAUCACGCAGCUGGUCCUUUGUCGAAAUCCCCGGGAAGCUCCUCCUCGUUGCUUUCAUGGUUGCUCAACUGAUCGCGACAUUAAUUGCAGUGUACGCCAACUGGUCCUUUGCGAGAAUAAGGGGUUGCGGCUGGGGUUGGGCUGGCGUAAUCUGGCUCUACAGCAUCGUCACUUACAUCCCACUCGACAUCCUCAAGUUCGCCAUUCGCUAUGUUCUCAGCGGCAAGGCCUGGGACAAUCUCUUGGAGAACAAGACGGCGUUUACUACAAAGACGAAUUAUGGGAAAGAGGAGAGGGAAGCGCAGUGGGCUACCGCGCAGAGAACACUCCACGGGCUUCAGCCUCCUGAGACCACCAACUUCUUUGCUGACAAGAACAGUUACAGAGAGCUUUCUGAGAUUGCUGAGCAAGCUAAGCGACGUGCUGAGGUUGCUAGGCUGAGGGAACUGAAUACACUGAAGGGGCACGUCGAGUCGGUGGUGAAGCUUAAAGGCCUUGACAUCGACACCAUUCAACAGCAUUACACUGUCUAGAGAGCAAAUUGACACUUUAUGAUGACGAAACACCAACACCGGCAGAGUAUAUAUAGAUUUCUGGCAAUGUUUGCCUGCCAUCGUAGUAGCAUAAAACGUGAAAAUUAAGCAGCAGGAGCUGAGUGUUCUUACCCCAGAUAAAACCCAGAAUCUGAUCUUGUUUUGAUGUCGUUUCAUGUUUCUGUGAUUCCCGUAUUAGUGAGGUAGAUCGUCCGCCCACCUACUUGUCUUCUUUAACCCUUUGAUGUUGGCAUAUAUAGCAGUUGUUCCCUACUGUUGUUCUGUGGUUUGAUUUGAUGCUGUUCAGACGGAUUGAUUCAGUUAUGUAAACCUUUGCUGGUGAGGUACUGGAAUAAUGUAUUUCUUGCAUAGCACGCUACUCUACCAAAAUAAACACCAAGUUGAAAAC